UACAGCGCUGAGGACAAAUACAGGAUCUGGAUGAGGCACCGCUACAACGACUGCGUGGGCUGCUUGGCCGAGCUGAUGGGCCACGAUGCCUUCUCGGUCAAGGAGUCGUCACUCUGCACCCUCAUGAAGUUUGUCGAGUUGGAGGCAAAAUAUCCUUUGAUCAAAGUAGAGUGGAAAGGGAGUUUAACUUUUCCUCGUGAACUCCUUAAGGUGGUUGUUGAUGGCUUGCUUCCCUUGAACGAGGACGCUUCACUCCUGAUCUCUCGCUUUCAAGAAUAUAUGGAGUACGAUGACAUUCGGUACUUUGUCAUAAAGGCGGUCACUGAGAGCAUUGGACAAGUCAUGCAGAAGACAAAAGAGAGGCCGCCGCCGUUUUACCAGCAGAAUGUGUUUUCCCUCAUCUCGCCCAUUAACAUGCCGAACAAAGAGUCUGACAUGGCCAAAUUUUUGGUGAAGCAAGAUAACUGGGAGGAGUUGAAAGUGUCAAAGCUGCAGGCACACAAGCAGGCGUUUGAAAAAAUGUGGCUGUGCUUUUUGAAGCACAAGCUGCCCACGGGUCUUUACAAAAAGGUCCUUGUCAUUCUGCACGACUCCAUCCUGCCCUACAUGAAUGAACCCACUCUCAUGAUAGACUUCUUGACAGUGGCCUAUGGCAUAGGUGGAGCAAUCAGCCUUCUAGCCUUAAAUGGAUUAUUUAUUCUGAUACAUCAGCAUAAUCUGGAAUAUCCCGACUUUUACAAAAAGCUGUACAGCCUUCUAGACCCUUCAAUAUAUCACGUCAAGUACCGAGCCCGCUUUUUCCAUUUGGCCGAUCUGUUUUUGUCUUCAUCCCACUUGCCAGCAUACCUGGUGGCAGCGUUUAUAAAGCGCCUUUCCCGGCUGGCCCUGACGGCUCCUCCCGAGGCUCUGCUCAUGGUCAUUCCCUUCAUCUGCAAUCUCUUCCGCAGGCACCCUGCCUGCAAAGUGCUAGUGCACAGACCCAGUGGGCCAGAAGCUAUGUCAGAAGAUCCAUAUAUUAUGGAGGAGGAGGAGCCAUCUGAAAGCAGGGCUUUGGAGAGCUGUCUCUGGGAGAUCCAGACUCUACAAAACCAUUACCACCCAGAUGUGGCCAAGGCAGCUGCUGUCCUGAACCAGUCGCUGUCUGAGAUAGAGGAUGACAUAUCACGGCUGCUGGAGCUCUCGGCUUAUGAGCUUUUCGAUAAAGAAGUAAAGAAAACAGCUGCUGAUGUGCCCCUGGAGUUUGAGCAAAUACGAGGUUUGUUUGGGAAGAAAAACGACAUUUUUGCAGAGCACUUCAGUUUAGAUUGA